CACAAUAAAUGAAUAGCAUUAUAAUACCAUUUAUGGAAUUUGAAUUACAAGAAUUGGUUAAAAUUGCCUUGGGUGGUCCAGAACUAACAAAUGUCAGCACUGCCGUAUUGCACAGCCUCCUUGAGAUUCUGCUUAAAAAGCUCAAUUGCCAGAAUGAAACGGUUAGCUUGGGCACAUAUGAAUCGAAAAUGUUACAAAAACUUUUGGAAAAAUCCAAGACUUCACCUCUAGCCUUCAAUGAUGAGUCUGUGGAGUGUAUAGAAGAAAAAUUGAAAAGUUUACACAGACUGCAAGAAACUGUCAAUGAUAUGGACAAGAAAUUAGCCUGUCAUUUGGAACAUGCCAAAUGGAGAAAUAACUUUCAAGAGACACAAUUGGAUUGGGAAAACUGGGAGCACUUUGGCUCCGAAGACCUAUGUACCUUGUGUGAUGCUGAUAAUGAUAUAGCCUGCAAAUUGCUUAAGAAUACUGAUUUUCUAAAGAAACUUUUGCGUCGCAUCGCAGCACCCAUGGUGGAUAGAGUAUUUCUGUUAGAGGACAAACUUCAAAGCUUGCAGGAGGAAUUCAACAAAUUUACUACCAGAGCCCAAGAGGAAUAUCUCAAAAUUCAACUGCUGGAGACCUGCAUUUAUGAAAUUGAGUUGUUGCGCAAAAAACUCAAUGAAAAUCAAACUCAAUUCAUUUGCACCAUCGAAGAGGUGCAGGAUAUGUUGGAUGCCAAAUUGGAUAAAAUCCAUACGCCUGACCUCAAGAAAUACAUAAAGGAUAAUUUCCAACGUAUUUUUCAAAAUUUACAAGAAUUGAAAGAUAAAGAAGACUGUCCCCGGGCGGCUGGCAUUAUAAUGCAAGGGGUACGUUGUAUGUCUUGCGGCAGCACCAAUGUCUGCGGCAAUGUGGGAGCACAUGCUGUGGCCAUGUUAUCCGAUGUCAAAGCUAGGCAAACGUUACCAAAACAUUGUGGAAAGGAGUUGCCAGUUACGGCUUCAAAGGAGUUGAAGACCAGGAUUAAAUCUGUGGCUUUAGGAGAUAACCGGAGAAAGCCAACAGUUGAAACUAUUAACUCUGAGAAUAGAAGCUGUACUAAAGUUGGGGAAAAUUUGGAGUUAAUGGAAGGUCUGGAUGGAAAUCUUUAUCGCAAGGGUUAAAAACUUGUAUUGGGUGAUUGAAGCAUAUCAACAAAUUUGGAAUUGAACAUUUUUUUAUUUAGACAAUUUUUUUCAAAAACAAAAAAAUUAAAUUUUGAUAUGAAUAUCAGACCAUCCCAUCCUAUAACAAA